AUGAAUGUGGAAGAUUGUGAUAAGAGGAAGAGAGAGAUCGAGGAGCUGAAAUCACAGAGAAAGGCUGAUGAGGAGGAGCUGUGGUACGGCGGGUACAGACUGGCAAACGGCAGCACAAGGUGUUCGGGGAGAGUGGAGCUUCUCCAUGGAGGCACCUGGGGAACCCUCUGUGACUCCCAGUGGGAUUUACAGGCUGCCCACAGCCUCUGCCAGCAGCUUGACUGUGGAUUCGCCCUGUCGAUUCCAGCAGGGCAGCUCUUUGACAAAGGAGAUGGGCCUGUCUGGAAUGGCACAUUUGGCUGUGAGAGGAACGAAUCCCGCCUGAGGGACUGUCCUGUUACUGCGCUGGGCACAACUGAGUGUCCCCCUGGGAGCGAAGCCAGCGUGGUGUGUUCAGGGUGCCCGGGUGGCAAGUUAGUGAAUGGCACCGAGUGCUCCGGGAGAGUGGAGAUCCGACAUGGAGACACAUGGGGAAGCCUCUGUGCCUCCCACUGGGAUUUGCAAGAUGCCAACGUCCUCUGCCAUCAGCUGAACUGUGGCCACGCCGAGUCGAUCCGGGGAGGAGUCCAUUUCGGGGAAGGGAACGGAACCGUAUGGAGUGACGCUUUUCAUUGUGAAGGGACUGAAACCUGCCUGUGGGAUUGUUCUCGCAUGGCCCUGGGCAACCCAGCCUGCUCCCCCAGAGACACGGCUGGGGUUAUUUGCUCAGGUCGUUCUGAGUCGCUCAGGCUGUUGAAUGGAGAGAGUCAGUGUGAUGGCAGAGUCGAGAUUUCCCUCCAUGACGUGUGGGGCAGAGUGUUGGAUGACCAGUGGGACAUGAACGAUGCCAGCGUGGUCUGCAGGCAGCUCCAGUGCGGAGUCGCUGAGAAAGCUUAUAACCCCCCUAUGUCUGAGCGAGGAACGGGCCCUGUGGGGCUGAGAAGGGUCCAGUGUGCAGGAAAUGAGACUCGUCUGACUCUCUGUGACAACUCCACGUCUGAGAUAGCCCAGGCAGGAAUUGCUGAGGACGUCGGUGUGGUUUGCUCAGGAAGCAGGCGGAUCAGACUGGUGAAUGGGGCAGGUCGUUGUGCCGGGAGAGUGGAGAUUUAUUACAAUGGCAGCUGGGGGACAGUCUGUGAUGAUUCCUGGGAUCUGUCAGACUCCAAUGUCGUUUGCAAACAACUGGGAUGUGGACACGCCAUCAAUGCAACUGUCUCUGCUCAUUAUGGGGAAGGAUCCGGGCAGAUCUGGCUGGAUGAUGUGAACUGCUCUGGGAACGAAUCCAAUCUCUGGGCAUGUCCUUCCAGGGGCUGGGGCCGGCACAAUUGCAGACACAAAGAGGAUGUGGGAGUUCUCUGCUCAGAAUUCACAGAUCUGAGGCUGGUGAGCGACAGUGACUGUGCUGGGCGGCUGGAGGUUUUCUACAAAGGGAUGUGGGGCAGUGUUUGCUACAAUCGGAUGUCUGGAGUCACCCCAGCAAUUGUCUGCAAACAGCUGAACUGUGGGGAUGGAGGGCAGCUUGCAAAAGACUUUGCAUAUGGAGAAGGUUCUGGUCCCACAUGGCUGGACCAUGUUUCAUGCCGUGAGCAGCACAGCUCCCUCUGGCAGUGCCCAUCAGGCCAGUGGAAACAGCAGUCCUGUGAUAACCGUGCAGAAGAGACCCAUAUUUCUUGCAACAGGGAGAAGUUACGUGUCGUGGAAGGAAAGGACAGAUGCUCGGGGAGAGUGGAGGUUUGGUACCGUGGCUCCUGGGGAACAGUUUGUGAUGACUCCUGGGACAUGGCGGAUGCUAACGUUGUGUGUAAACAACUGGGCUGUGGAUCUGCUGUAUCUGCCCCGGGCGAGGCUGCAUUCGGUGAGGGGACUGGUCCCAUCUGGGUGGAGACGUUGAAUUGCAGAGGGACAGAGUCAUCUCUCUGGGACUGUCCUGCCAAGCCCUGGGGUGAGAGUAACUGUGGUCAUAAGGAAGAUGCUUCUGUAAAUUGCUCAGGAGUUUCUGGGAAUCAGAACAGGUCACAGCUGGAGACCCCCAGGGACUCUCAGAGGGAGCCCUUCUCCUGGUGUGACAGAGACAUCAGAUUCACUGACUAG